AUGCGCGCGGAGUCAGAUGUGACUCUGCUGCGCAACAGACUUGAGAAACUCGGGCAAGAGGAGCGCAAGGCUCUGAAAAAGAUUGAGGAAACGAGGAAGCGAGCGGAGCAGAUCAUACAGCUGCGAGCGCGCAACGAGCGAGCUCACCUGCGCAAGCAGCUCGAGGCGGAGCGCAGCGAGCGCCAGCGAGAUCGCAGACGAGAAGCCCUGCAGGCGUCGAAGAAUGAGAUGUCUGGCAAGGUGCAGGCGAAUUUGGACGCCCUGCAGGCGCAGAAGAAGCACGACGCGGCCGUCAUGCGAGAUCAGCGCGCGCUCAUCAAUGACUAUCUCCGCGUCAAGCAGCAGCAGCAGCUUGAGCGCAACCGCCAAGUCACAGAGGUGAUGCGAGAGCACGCUGCCGACGUGCAGCGGCGGCGGAUGCAGGAACGGAUGGAGUACGAAGAGAGCCUACAGCUCGAGAGCGAGGAGCGGCUGAUGGUAGAGGAGCAGCGCCGCCGGCUCGCCGACAAGGCGGUGUCCUUGCACAGGGAGGAAGAGGAAUCGGCGAUUGAGCGGCUGCAACAGAUCAAGCAGUAUGAGCUGGAGGCGUGCAAGGAUCUCGAGCGUGCGGUCGGCGGGGACGGGCGCGGAGGUGCCUCUUUGCUUGCUGAGUCGCCGCGACCGUCAGUCUUUGUUCGGCAUUGGCGGUCCGUCCCCUUCCAAUCCGUGCGGUGA